AUGAAUAGCAUGCUGAGGAGGUUGAGGCUGAAGAAAGAAAAGAAAGAAAGUGAAGCUAGGCAGAAAUUGAAGAAGGAACUAUUUGCUGUCAACAAGGGGCCCAAUUUUGGCUUUCCAUCAAAGCCAACCUGCCUAACUUAUGAUCCUUUGUUGAGUUUGAUUGCCAUCGGAACAAAAACUGGAAAGAUAAGAGUGUACGGUUCACCUGGAGUUGAGUUGUCUGGUCAGUUUGACAGGUGUAUCAGUGUGGAAGGCCUCAAGUUCGUCAGUGGGCAGGCUAGGUUGGUAGCACUGACAUCUGACAACAGGCUCUCCAUCUGGGAGAUUGAUGUUAAUGUGGAAGACACGCAGAUCAAAUGUCUUCAUAUCUUAUCUCUCAAGGAUUGCAAAUUAGAUGAUGCAUUCAAUUUUGAGAUAUCUCCAAGCGGCAAUAACGUGAUGCUGGUUGGUCGCAGUGGAUGCAUGCAGAUGUUGAAGUUCUUGAUAGGUUUCAACUCAGGUCUCAUCGCAAUGUGGGAUUGUUCUAAGUGGAGGACGGUCUUUCAUAUCCGUGCUUCUGUGGCAAUGGAGCAAGUAAGCUUCUCGCCAGAUGGCCUGGAGAUGAUAAGCUGUCAUGUGGACGGUAGCUACGUGGUCUGGCAAUGUAUUAGCACAGCAGCAGCUGCGACAGCAACUACUUCUGCUACAACCACUACUACUACUGCUGCCACUGCUUCUACAACCCAACAGCAGCAAAAUGAACAACCAACAUGUCCAUAUGGACCUUUCCCAUGCAAGGCAAUCCAUUCAGCCAGGUGGCUGCCUGUGAGAAGCGGGGACACGUUCGUAAUAUUCACCGGAGGGAUGCCGAAGGCAGGUCACCAGGACAAAAAUACCAUCAGCGUCAUGAACAACAGUUAUGAUCACGUGGUCUUCGAUAUGACGUCACGCAUCAUCGAUUACGUCAUCAUCUGCAGUGGUUGUCGUGCUGCUAAUGGUAGUAAUUCCAAUGACGACGAUGACGAUAGCGAUGAUGAAGAAACAUUCGCCCUUGUAAUACUGACCGAAGAGGAAAUAGUAUUGAUUGACCUACUUUCAUGUAAUUGGCCGACGUUUGACUUACCCUACUUACACUGCAUCCAAUCAAAUCCCAUCCUGUGUUCUCAUUAUUCGUCCAACGUUAAGGAAGUUAUAUUGGAUUCUCUGCAUGAAUAUGAACAGUUUAAAAUCAGGGCCUCUCCAUUUAUUUCCUCUAGGCCCUGGCCAUUAUCUGGGGGUCUGAAAGUUGGGGAGCAUGGCAGAAGAGGUCUUCUUAUGUUUGGACACGAAAACGGUUCAGUAAGUCUGUGGUGCCAUGGCAAGGCGGAUGGCCUCUUGAGGAAGAUCUACACGCUGGACACUUCGAAGUAUUUCACACUCAGCAGCAGCAGAAGUUACAACAACAAUAACAAAAUCAACAGCAACAAUCAGAACGGUGAUGACGAUGAAGACGACGACGAUGAUGGCGAUGAUGAUGAUGAUGAUGUGGCUGAUUCUAAAAAGAAGGCAGAUGGGUUUUCUAAGAAGAGAGUUGAGGAUGAUGAUCAGGACUGGCCGCCAUUUCGAAAAGUUGGGGUGUUCGACGCAUUUUGUGACGAGCCGCAGUUUGGCAUACAGCACGUCUCCUCACACAACCAGGGAAGCACGCUGAUAUGCACUGGGAAUGCUGGCCAGAUUAUGAUUUUUGAGUAUUUUGAUAGGUCAAUAGCAUCUAAGGGAAAAAAUGAAAAAAAAGUUGCGCUAGAUGAUGCUGCUGCUGCUGUUGUUGUUCAGACAUCAACACUGGACAUAGUGGAAGAGAGUAGCGGUUACUCGUGGACGGGUCACGCCCCCAUGACCUUCAGAGGUUCAUGGUCGAAGUUCAUGAGAAAUGUCGAGUUAGGGUACCGCCUGACUAAUUUGAUACAACUAAAUCCGCCUGUUCCAACUACUUCUCUGGCCUAUCAUAGCAAAACAAAAUUGUUGUCAGUGGGGACCAUGUAUGGGUACGCUGUGUUCGAUCUGCUGCAAAAUAAAUCUAUCUUGACGAGGAGAACUCUUGCUUCGCCGGGUUCCAACCUAUUCCACUUGAAAACCAAAUCACUGCACAAAUCAUUCCGAGAAUCGUUCAGAAAGUUGAAGCGAAAAAAAUUGUUGAGUACUGGAAGUGGAGGGCCCUGCACUAGGGGGCCUACGACGGGGAGUAAGGGAACGUUCACCACCCAACAACAGGGUGGUACAGGGAGCGGCCAGUCCCCUCGUCUCUCUGCUGCUGCUGCUGCUGCUGCUGAGAAGAACUUGAGUGGUAGUAGUUCACAAGUACUGCAAGAGUUAUCUGUGGCCUCAUCAUCUAGACUUGAUUCUCCACCGUCAUCUUCAUCGAAAUUCGCUACUACUACUACUGCUGCUGCUGCUGUCGCCACCAGUCAGACGCCCCCUCCGCACUACCACCAACAACAACCUCACUCGUCCGCAAGCAUGACACUGCCCGUCAAACAGUCAACCACAGCAGCAGCAGCAGCCAGCACAGCAACCACGUCAUCAACGAUGACAGCUGCAGUGGCAAAACGAACAAACAGACGAAGGAAUUCAGACACGCAGUCCAACCCGGAACUCAUCGAAUGUAGCAGCAGCAGUAACAACAACAACAACAACCUCAGCAGCGAAACAAACAACAACAACAACUCAAACGACAAUUACGAUUAUUACGACGACGACGAUGACGAAGGGGGCGCUAAACGAAUGACGUCACGAAAAUCUACGCCUUCUAGAUCGGCCACCGUGCCUUCCACUCAGAAGUUAGUCAGACCCAAGAGGGUGUCCCACAAUUUUAGGAAAUCUAAUAUUAGCAAGAGCGGGGGGGCCAGUGGGGGUGGUGCAUUUGUGAUGGAGGAACCCAAGCUGACUGAAGUGAAAUGUCUGACCUUUGCUGAGACUUACCUCGUGUCUGGAGCCGGCAAAAGUUUAACGCUGUGGGCGGGUACAAGCGCCGGAACUAUUUAUAUCCACCAAUUGCAAGUCAGUAGAGAUGAGAAGAAGAAAGAGAGUCAAGUCUCUUGCUGUUUGGCCAAGGAAAUAACGUUCAAGCAUCGAUCUCCAGUCAUGCAAAUCAGCGUCCUCGAUAAAACCAUGAGACCCGUAUCAAGAUGUGAUUAUGACUACGAGGUGGAGGUAGAUGGCGCUACCGCCGCUGCUUCUGCUGCUUGUAGUGGUGGUGCUGGGCAUUCUGUGGUUGUGGCUACUCAGGAACAGUUUAAGUUGUUUUUGUUGCCAUCGUUGAAGCCAGCCUGCAAGUACAACCUGACGUCUGCUGGCGACCACCAGUACAACUAUGCCGCUAAUGUGGCCAGUUUCAUCAGCAGGAGUGACGAGAACUACAUGGAGCACAACCUCGUCUGCCUGACGACAACCAACCAGCUGCUCAUGUUCAACCUACCACAUCUCAAGAUACAACUGAAAGUUAACAACGUGACCACCGAUGCCAGCAUGCCGCAGUGUAACAUCAUCACGAACAACGGUGAAGUAGGCACGUUCUCGUCGACCUCUGAACUCCAGUGGAUCAGUCUGUCAACUCGUUUCCCGCUGUAUACACGCUCAAUAAUUCAACUGCGCACUAAUUAUACUCGACCUACUUUGAAUUUCGCUGCUAUACAUCAUCAGCAACAGCAGCAGUACAAACAGUUCAAGACCAUUCUUACUAAUGUUAAUGACGGUAGCGCAGCUGCUUCGGCUGCUACUGCUGCCACUACAGCAGCUGCAAAGACCGGAAGCCACGUCGUAGAAGACGGGUGUGGCGUGGGAGGCAGUCAGAGACCUCACGAUCUGGUUGCUGGUCACGUGCUUGCCAGCAACCAAGAUGGCGCUGCUGCUGCUUCUGCUGCUGGCUGGUCAGAUGAUGAUGAUGGAAGAGAUAGUUGCAACGAGAAGACAAGACAUGCAAAUGUUGAGUUGAGGAUCGAGGGAUUGACGACGCCAUCCAACAACAACAACACACAAUCUUCAUCAUCCAACAACCUGCAAAACGUCACAGCAGCAACAACAACAACAACUUUCCAGAACAACUCAUCCUCAUUUAGCAGCCCGCCCACCAUUACUUCGUCAUCGCUGACGUCAUCAUCUCCUCAGUCACGUCACGUGACUUCCAAUAGAACGGUCAUAACGAGGUCGACCGUGGUUCAAGAAGUCAACGGACAAGUCAUGAGUCACGUGGCUACUGACGUUGAGAGGAUGAGUAUGAAUGAAUGAAUGAAUGAAUGAAUGAAUGAAUGAAUGAAUGGGUAGAUGAAUAAUUGAGCCAUAAGUAUUCUUGAUAAGUUUG